CCCUUCCCCACCGCCCCCGCCUCCGCCACCGCUUCCGCUCCGCCGGCCUUCCCAAUAGGCCCCUCCCCUCCACGUCUCGCGCCCGAGCUCUAAUGCUCACGCCCGCCACGUCCCGCCGCGAGCUCUAGACACGCGUCCUGUGUCCCUCCACCCCGCUCGCGCGCUUCGCUUCGCGUCGCGCAGGACGGCGCCCAGCGGCUUCGGUCUCGGCGGGGUUGGCGCCGGCGCUGCGGGGAGGAGAGGAGCCGCGUCCAAGCUGAGGCACUUCGUGGGGUCCAUGGCGGCGCCGGCCCCGCUGCUGCGGUGCCCAGGCUCGGCGCCGCCGUGGCUGUCGUCCUCGCCCUUCUUCUUUCGACGCCGGCGCCGCCCCUCGCCGCCCCCGGCGUUAUCCGGAUGCAGGAGGCAAGACUAUUCUCAUAGCUCAGAUAUGGGAGUUAGAGGAAGCAGUGCUUUCAAGCUUAGACUCUAUGCCAACUUAAAUGUGCAAAACAGUGCACAAGAAUGGGUGGAGGAGAGCAGGAGGCUAUUUUAUCUCAGAACUGUCAACAAUGUCACAAAUAAUAUCUAUAAGGGCACCACUCCUCUACGGGCUGGAAACCUACAGAAUGAACUCUCAGAAGAUCACAGGGGUUUAAACUACCCUUCCUUGCAUAAUCUAAGAGAACAUGUAUCAUCUAAGUCAAUUGUAAAUAGACAUGACAAUGCAGAACUGGUCAAGCAUAGUAUGGUAAAUCAGCCUGCGCGAUCUGUGUCAGCCCCGAUUAAUGUUGUUGAUAAUAGUGUGAAACAACUGAGCAUGCCUAGUGGCUCUAAGGUGGAGAUUCCUUGGCGUGAUUGUUCAUCGGCGGAGGAUCUUCCGCUUGAUAUCUCUAAUACAGAGGCAACUUUGGAGCUCGAUGAUAAGGCUCAUGAUGUCGAUGAUGAAAAGGAGCAUAAACUCAUAACUAAAAAGGUGGUUCCAUCUUUCUCAACUAAAGCAUCUUUGUCCAAGGAAUCUGCAAAUGCACGGAAGGCGCUUGCUGGCAUCUAUGACAAAGUUUUGGUAGUUGACAAUAUUGAGUCAGCUAGGAGCACUGCUCAAUUGCUUACUACAAAGUACAAGAGCUUUAUUCAUGCAUGCGACACAGAGGUAGCAAAUAUUGUUGUCAAAGAAGAGACACCAGUUGGUCAUGGAGAAGUAAUAUGCUUUAGUAUAUAUUCAUCAAAUUCUAAUACACAAGUGGCUGAUUUUGGAAAUGGCAAAACUUGCAUUUGGGUGGAUGUGCUGGAUGGUGGAAGGGAUGUCCUGAUGGAGUUUGCUCCUUUCUUUGAGGAUCCAUCCAUCAAGAAGGUUUGGCAUAACUAUAGCUUUGAUAGCCAUGUCAUAGAGAACCAUGGAAUCAAGGUUGAUGGGUUUCAUGCUGAUACAAUGCAUCUUGCACGCCUUUGGGAUUCGUCCAGGAGAACUGAUGGUGGAUAUUCACUUGAAGGACUUACAAAUGAUCAUAGAGUCAUGGAUGCUGUUCCAAAGGAUUUACCUUAUGCUGGAAAGACAUCAAUGAAAACCAUCUUUGGUAGGAAAAAAGUUAGAAAAGAUGGAUCUGAAGGGAAAAUCAUAUCUAUUGAGCCAGUCGAAAAGUUACAAAGGGAAGACAGAGAGUUGUGGAUCUGUUAUUCUUCACUAGAUUCAAUGAGUACAUUGAGGCUUUAUGAGAGCUUAAAAAGCAAGCUUGAAACAAAGGAAUGGAUCUUUGAUGGUUGCCCCAGGGGAACGAUGUACGAUUUCUAUGAAGAGUAUUGGCGUCCCUUCGGUGCCCUUCUUGUGAAGAUGGAAACAGAGGGAAUGCUUGUUGAUCGUGCUUACCUUUCAGAGAUAGAAAAAGCUGCUGUUGCUGAAAGAGAAGUAGCUGCAGAUAAGUUUCGGAAAUGGGCAUCUAAAUAUUGUCCUGAUGCCAAGUAUAUGAAUGUGAAUAGCGAUACUCAAAUUCGCCAACUUCUAUUUGGUGGCAUUGAAAAUAGACAUAAAUCUGGUGAAACUUGGCCACUGAGUAAAACUUUUAAAGUACCAAAUGAAGAAAGUGUAGCUGCAGAUGGCAAUAAGACUUCAAAGUAUCGCACAAUCAAACUUUGCAGCAUCGUGGAAGAUCUGAAAAUCGAUAUGUUCACCCCGAGUGGCUGGCCAUCAGUCAGUGGGGAUGCAUUGAGAAGUUUGGCUGGUAAAAUACCCACGGAACAUAUUUACACAAUAGAUGAUAACCAAGGGGAUGACGAAGAUACCGGUGGUUCAGAAGAUCCCGAGCUGGAUAUAGAUGAAAAUUCCUCAUAUGGAACAUCAUAUGAAGCGUUUGGUGGAGGAAAGAAGGGAAAGGAAGCAUGCCAUGCAAUUGCAGCUUUAUGUGAAAUAUGUUCUAUCGACUCGUUGAUAUCCAAUUUCAUUCUUCCCUUGCAGGGAGAUCAUAUAUCAUGUACGGAGGGGCGCAUUCACUGUUCAUUAAAUAUCAAUACUGAGACAGGACGCUUGUCAGCACGAACACCAAAUUUACAGAAUCAACCUGCCCUUGAAAAGGAUAGGUAUAAGAUUCGCCAAGCUUUUGUUGCAGCUCCAGGAAAUUCUCUUAUUGUUGCUGAUUAUGGUCAGCUGGAGCUGAGGAUCUUAGCCCAUCUUACUAAUUGUAAAAGCAUGUUGGAUGCUUUCAAGGCUGGUGGCGACUUCCAUUCUAGGACAGCCAUGAAUAUGUACCAGCACAUCCGUGAUGCUGUUCAUGAAAAGAAAGUUCUUCUUGAAUGGCACCCUCAACCUGGUCAAGAGAAAUCUCCAGUGCCGCUAUUGAAGGAUGCUUUUGGCGCUGAGAGGAGGAAAGCUAAAAUGCUUAAUUUUUCCAUUGCAUACGGAAAGACAGCUGUUGGGCUAUCUCGGGAUUGGAAGGUUUCUGUUAAGGAGGCAAGGGAUACACUCAAGCUCUGGUAUAGAGAUAGAAAAGAAGUUAAAGCUUGGCAAAAGAGGCAGAAGGGGCUUGCACAUGAGAAGUAUGAAGUUUACACUUUGCUCGGGCGCUCACGCCGUUUUCCUAAGAUGGCUCAUGUAGGUCCUGGUCAAAGAGGUCAUAUUGAGCGUGCUGCUAUAAAUGCACCAGUCCAGGGAAGUGCAGCAGAUGUUGCUAUGUGUGCAAUGCUUGAGAUUGAAAGAAAUACCCGUCUUAAGGAGCUUGGUUGGAGACUCUUGUUACAGGUGCAUGAUGAAGUGAUACUGGAAGGGCCUACAGAAUCUGCUGAAACAGCCAAGGCCAUAGUGGUGGAGUGUAUGUCCAAACCAUUCUAUGGAACAAACAUCCUGAAUGUCGACCUGGCUGUUGACGCUAAGUGUGCAAAGAGCUGGUAUGCUGCCAAAUAGUUUCCGCAGACAUCCUGUCAUCCUAUACAUGGCCAGAUGCACAUAUUUGCCUGCUGCAAAGUACAACUUCACCGGUGCAAUCAGGACCCUCUGUUCUGAUGAAAUGUGGUGGAUUUGAGCCAUCACAGACUGCAACUCCAGGAUCGUCUAGCUUGAAGUGGUAGUCUAGCUUGAAGUGGUAGUGCGCCACGCCCAAUCCCGACAGGAUCACACGCCCAUUUCUUGGUUGCAGCAGCAAAAGAGCGAAGACUGAAGACGCGCUGGCAGCGACCUGGAGCUGUUGGAAUGUGCACUAGCCACUAGCGGUGUAGUUUUACUUAGGUUGUAUUGGGGGUUAGGUUCUCAGUAGGAUCUGUUCUGUCUGAGAUGACUUAAUCUAGAGGAAAGUAGCAAUGCCAAAGCAUGCUGUUUUGUUCAUAAGACCUGUUCAGCAUGCUGGUGUAUUAGGUUAGUUUCCCAACCUGGUCUGUUCCAGUGAGGCCUAACAUUUGUCAUCGCAGUUGGUGAAGCUGUGUUUAUGUUGGUCGAGGGAUGACACAGUUUAGCAUAAGGUAUUAUCUUUUUUUCCUUUGAGCUAAUUUAUUCUGUAUUUUUUGCGAUUAAAAGGUGACACACAAAAAUUAAGAUUUGAACCCUGGUGGAGUCGUAUUCUCAUGCCUUCACCACCGUAUAAAGAGGUGGUUCCUAA